UUAUAUAGAUAUAUUAAAAUACAUCAAAUUCUAUUAUUCUCUGAAAUUUAAAAUGUUAUAGUGUGAUUCAAUAUUUAGUUUAAUAAUCUCAUACAAGAUUCAUAAUAUGGUUAAAAUAAUUUGGCUUGCAACAUAUUCGUCAUGACUUCGACCGAAAACUUCUUUUGUUAUUAUUUAAUUGUCUUUGUUAUUGUAUUCUCCUAGAUCAGAGUGAUCAGUAGAGUGGUUUUUGGUUAAGUGUGUGUUAUUUAUUACAAACGAUAUUAAUUGAAGUAUUUUACAUUGUUUGAUAGGCUAAAUAUGGAUAUAAAAUAACACACUCCGCUUUUAUUACACAAUCAAUUUUGAUAAUUUGAGUGUGUUUUCUAUGAAUUUUUCAAAAUGAAUAAUUCAAAUGACAACGUAAAUUUUAUUGUGGGUGAUAGUACCUCUAUCGGAAGCACAUCAGACACUGCACGACUUAUCAGUAAUGAUGAAGCAAGUACUUCUAAUUAUACACAAUUUAACAAAACUUCCAAUUAUGAGCAUUCAGACUCGGAUGACCUGCAUGGCAGUCAUGGCAUUAGACGAAGGCAUCCUGUGCAAAAGAUUGAGCCUGGAUCUAUGAAUAUGCUAUCAGCUAAAUAUGAGAGUCUGGACUAUGACACCUGUGAGAACCAUUUACUUUUAGAUGAAGAGCGAAAACGUGGAUAUCCAUUUAUAGUGAAGAAGGAUAUGGCAAGAUGGUUCAUUAUUCUACUAAUUGGAGCAAUAACUGCACUAAUUGCAUUCAUUAUUGAUAUUUGUAUAGAAGAAUUCUCUAACAUCAAAUAUAAGGAAUUGAAGAAAUCUGUGGACAAAUAUGUGCUAAUGGACAGGUUGUACAUUCCAUAUUUAUUAUGGGUACUAUCAAAUAUAUGUGUUGUAUUUAUCGGAUCAAUUUUAGUGGCUUAUGUAGAGCCUGUUGCAAGCGGGAGUGGUAUACCACAAGUAAAGUGUUACCUCAAUGGAGUGAAGGUGCCAAGAGUUGUACGAAUUAAAACUCUCGUAGUGAAAGCUAUUGGUGUAAUAAGUGCUGUUGUAGGUGGACUAGCUGGAGGAAAGGAAGGCCCUAUGAUACACUGUGGUUCAGUGGUCGCAGCCGGCAUAUCUCAGGGGAAGAGCACCACAUUUAACAAGGAUUUUAAUAUAUUCCAAUACUUUCGUGACGAUCACGAGAAGAGAGAAUUCGUGUCAGCGGGAGCGGCUGCAGGGGUGUCGGCAGCUUUCGGUGCUCCAAUUGGAGGAGUUCUGUUCUCAUUAGAAGAAGGCGCCAGUUUCUGGAACCAAGCGUUGACGUGGCGAACGUUCUUCGGCACUGUUAUAGCUACGUUCACGUUGAACUUCGCAUUGUCCGCAUACCAUGGGCAUCCAGGAGAAUUAAGUUUUCCAGGUCUUCUAAACUUAGGAAAAAUGGAACCGUUCCCAUUUCAGUUCUAUGAAUUGCCCAUAUUCAUGUUGUUCGGAGCUAUUGGCGGAAUAUUAGGCGCAUUGUGGAAUUACAUCAACUAUAGACUUGCUGUGUUUCGCAUAAGAUAUAUUUCUACUCCCUGGCUGCGCGUGGUGGAGGCGUGUAUGGUGGCAGCAGCAAGCGCAACCUGCGGUUUCCUUAUGAUGUUUCUACUGAAUGAUUGCCGACCACUUGGCGAGGAUCCUACUAAAGUCCCUUUGCAGCUGUACUGCGCAGAUGGUGAAUACUCAGUAAUGGCAGCAAUCUGGUUCCAAACGCCCGAAGCAUCUGUGCGAUCAUUUCUUCAUGACCCGUUGGGUUCGUACAAACCCAUGUCGAUCCUUGUGUUUGUGGUGUGCUACUUUCUGCUCUCCACUUGGACCUUCGGCCUAGCGGUGUCCAGCGGAAUCUUUAUACCGAACCUGCUGACUGGAGCCGCUUGGGGCAGGCUUUUAGCGCUCGGCAUGCAAGCUAUAGUGCCAUCGAUGACUAUAAAUUCAGCGAAGUAUGCGCUUAUAGGCGCCGCGGCACAGUUGGGCGGCGUGGUCCGCAUGACAAUAUCGCUCACGGUCAUCAUUAUAGAGACGACUGGACAGAUUUCCAACGCGCUGCCCAUUAUUAUUACGCUAGUCGUAGCGAAAUGGGUCGGCGAUUUCUUCUCAGAGGGAAUCUACGACAUCCACAUACAACUGGCGGCUAUACCAUUACUACCUUGGGAGCCGCCUCCACUCGCGCACAAUGUGUACGCGAGCGAGGUGAUGUCGCAUCCUGUGUUCACUCUGCGCACCGUCGAGAACGUCGGCCACAUCGUCGAGUUGUUGCGCCUCGUCUCCUACAACGGGUUUCCAGUUGUAGACCCGCCGCUCACGGACGAUGCCGAAGUGACCACAUACAAACGUCUAAGAGGCUUAAUACUACGUUCGCAAUUGAUAGUAUUACUACAAAAUAAGCUAUAUAAUGAAAAUGCCAACACAUCUUGGCCAAAUCUCAAUGUAGAUAUGAAAAUUUUUAGGAAGGAGUAUCCUCGAUUCCCUUCUAUUGCAGAGUUGGAGAUAUCAGAGUGGGAGAAAACUUGCACCAUUGAUCUGAGACCUUAUAUGAACCCGUCGCCGUACACACUCCCGCACCGUGCCUCUCUGCCGCGCCUCUUCCGGCUUUUCCGAGCGCUGGGUCUCAGACAUCUACCUAUUGUAAAUGAUGUCAAUGAGGUUGUUGGCAUGGUCACCCGGAAAGAUAUUGCAAGGUAUAGGGUCUGGAGACAUUGUGGCCAUAUGGGCAUGGAAGAAUUGGUGUUGUCUAAUGAGAUUUAAAUUUGUUUUGUUUAUUAAAUAGAUUUUUAUACUGUUUCAUAAUACUGGUAGGUUUUAGAAAAUUCACUUACCAAAAUGAUAGAAAUCUGUAUUUACAAUUAGCUAUCUUAAUACAUUUAGUUAAGAUACCUGUUAUAUCGAUAUUAUAGAGUUGUUACAGGAAGGUAUAAGUAUUUAUAUACUCUUUAGAAUUUAAAUUGUAUAAAUUAUUAAUUCAUAAUUUUUGAUGUGAUAAUUAUGAAAAGUUGCCUUCAUUGAGAAAUAGCAUCAGGGCUUUUUUAUAUUAUUUAAUUGAUACUGUGAUUACUUGAAAAAUCAUCUAUCUCAUCAUCAUAUAAUGUAUUUGUAUAACCAGAAUUUAGGUAUAAAUAAUUUGUAAUCUUGUUUAUUAUACUUUAUGAAACUCAUGAUAAAUAUUUGUAAAAUUCAUUUAAAAGUACUUAACUGUCUAGAGUCAUAAUAAUGUUAUUUAUAUAUUGCUAAUGAGUGUUUGUUUCAAUGUAAUUCCUUUAUUAUCACUAAAUGCAAUUUCACACUGUCAGUUUGGUUUAAUACGAGAUAUAUACAUUAGGGCAAAACACUAGCAGUACAUGACUCAUUAGUAUCACCUUGUAAAUUAAUCUGUUUUAUAUAAGUGACUUGUCUCAAAUUCUGAGUUGAUAAAUUAAUUUGAAUUUAACUAUACAAUUUUUGUAUAUUCUUUACAAGUUUUGUCUACUAAUAGAUAAGUAUGUUAUAAUGUUUAAUAAUAAGGUAAUGACAAUGUGAUACUAUUUUUUAAAUUAAUGUAUUCCUUAUUUAAGCACAUGUAUGUUAUUAAAUAAAAUGUUGAAAAUAA